CGUAAAAUAAGUUUCUGUAAAAAGAAAAAGCUGGAAAAUGUAGAUUUUGGGAAAGUUUUUCAAAACGAUUUUAAUUCGGUUUACUUCCUGUGAUUAAUUUCCUCAUCAUGGCUUCAAAUACAACAGAUCAAUCAAAUACCGCUGAGAGAUCACUGGAUACCAACGAUAGUUCUAAUGCAACUUCCAACGAAACUAUCGAAGAUGGACAAGAUGAAAAUUUUGUUAAUCCUGAAAAGAGACUUGAAAGAAUUCAAUGGUGGUGGGACAAAACUCUCUACGUCCUACUGCCACUCUUGAUUGCCGCAAUUGGAACAAUUGGAGCCGGUUUAGUAUUCGGAGCAAUUGAUGGAUGGCCAGUGUUCCAGAAAGUGACUGAACUCUUUAUUAUUUUGCCCUCAUUGAUGGGAUUAAAAGGAAAUUUAGACAUGAAUUUAGCUUCACGAUUCUGCAAACAAGUCAAUGUGGACAAUUUGAAGGAUUACAAAUUUAUGUUAUUCCUCAUUUUAGGGAAUAUUUGCUACGUUCAAAUUCAAGCUAUAAUUGCAUCAUUUGCCGUGGCUAUUUUCGCACUCACUGUCAAUGCAGCAAUAAAUCAGAGAUUUUCCGUCAAUAAUUCCGUCAUUCUAAUUGCAACUAGUAUGUUUACUGCAACGACAACAUGCUUCAUUUUAGACAUUGUCCUGAUAGCAGCCAUCAUCUUAACAAAACGCUUCAGCCUGGAUCCAGAUAAACUACUAACACCGAUUGCAAAUUGCAUAGGAGACCUAGUUUGUCUUGCCCUUCUUGCAGCUAUGGCGACUGCUUUGUACGAAACCUUAGACGGUAGAACCUGGAUCAGCUACAUAGUCAUCCUAAUCUACAUCCUUAUCCUCCCAUUUUGGGUGUAUGUUGUGAUACGCAAUAAGUUUAUGGGGCAUGUUUUAAUGGAGGGUUUGAGACCUAUAGUUUUAGGGGUUAAACACAUGUGGACUUUAAGAUACUGGACAGAUAAAGGAGCAUUUAGUUAAAUGAGUUAAAUAAAAUACAUCAUAAACUUUAUUUCCUUUACGUGUGAUAGAACAAAAAAAAUUAUGAAAUUAUUAAUAAAAAUAAUUUUGCGCAAUAAAAAGGAUUUAAAAAAAAAAGAAAUUACCAGACUUACUGUUUUCUUCUAAAAUUAACUGAAAAGAGGAGAUUAGA